AUGGCUGGGGUUCUUGUCAUUGGCGAACUGAAUGAUGAUGCACUUCAAAGCAUUACGGGAGAGUUGCUGGCGGCGGGCCGCCGCAUUGCUGAUGUGACGGGCGAAAAUGUGGGCGUAGCGCUGCUGAAUGGUGGCGAUGCGGUAGGACAGGAAACGAUAUCCCUGGGAGCUGACAACGCAUAUCUGGUUCAGGACGAAGUGCUUGCAGAAAUGCAACUAGAUGCGCAGGUUGCGGCGCUCGAGAAGGUCUGCAGCGAGGUUCAGCCGUCUGUCGUACUGAUUGGGCGCACGCUUGCCGGCAGAGAUGUCGGCCCGAGGCUUGCGUUCCGAUUGGGCGUAGGACUGGCGCAAGACUGCUUGCAGGUAGAGGCGGAUGCGAACAGCGGAAGGGUCGUUGCAGUGCGACCAGUGUACGGCGGCAACGCUCUGGCGAAGGUAACAUUCCCGGAUGCGAAUCCUCAGAUGGUUGUAAUGAGGGCGAAGGCUUAUGAGCCGCUUGAUGCGGACGAUUCGCGCGCUGGCGAAGUUUCGAUUAUCAACCCCGGUCUGGACUCGUCGGUGGUCAAGGCACGACUCGUUGAGACGGUUUCGCAGGCGGCAGAAGGCGUGCGUUUGGAAGACGCGAAUAUCGUAGUAGGUGGCGGAAGAGGUCUCGGAGGGCCUGAGCCUUUUGACCAAUUGGAGGAUCUUGCCAGAUUGCUUGGCGGCGCCGUAGGAGCUUCUCGCGCGGUGUGUGACGCGGGCUGGCUUGACCACAGCUAUCAGGUUGGGCUGACCGGUAAGACUAUAACGCCGGACCUGUACAUAACAGUUGGUAUUUCGGGGGCGAGCCAGCACAUGGCGGGCUGUUCGGCAUCGAAGAAUAUCAUCGCAAUCAACCGUGAUGCAGACGCAAAUAUUUUCAAGAGCGCGAGCUUCGGAGUUGUUGGAGACUGGAAAAAUGUGCUGCCGUCUUUUAUCGAGACGGUUCGUGAGUUGGUGAAUUCCUAA